AAAAUUAGAAGAAGAAAGACAGGCGUCAGGGUCAGGGUCAGGGUCAGUGACUCACUUACCUACCAACCAACCAACUGUUUACUCGACCAACACUGUUAACAACCACAAUGGCGAUCGCCGCCGCCGGCAACUUUCCCUCGCCGCUGCGCUCAUGCUCCUCUCUCACUCUCCCCAUACUUCCUUCUCGCAUUCAUCUCCGCAGCGCUAUUUCCAUCACAGGCUUCGCCGUCGCCGCACGCCCGCUUUCCGUCUCGUUCUCACCGAAUCCUAACCGCCGCACCUUUUUGCUGCUCUCGCUCGCGGGCGGAGACGGCGGCGUCAAUGGAGGAAACUUUCACGGCGGUGGCGGCGGCGGUGGCGGAGACGACGACGACAAUGGCGAGAGCAACAACAAUAAGGAGGAGGCGCUGAUGGCAUUGGCGGAGGCGGGGAGGUCGCUGGAGAGCUUGCCGAAUGACUUGAAGGCGGCGAUCCUGGACGGGAAGAUUCCGGGAUCCAUAGUGCUGCGCUACUUGGAGCUGGAGAAAUCCGGGUUUCUCUCGUGGCUGCUCCGCUUUGGAGGGUUUAAGGAGCGUCUCCUGGCCGACGAUCUCUUCCUUGCUAAAGUCGCCAUGGAAUGCGGCGUUGGGAUCUUCACCAAGACUGCUGCUGAGUAUGAACGCCGCAGAGAAAACUUCUUCAAUGAGCUGGAAAUUGUUUUUGCAGAUGUGGUCAUGGCCAUAAUUGCAGAUUUCAUGCUCGUCUACCUUCCCGCUCCUACUGUUUCUCUCCGAUCACCUAUUGCUCUGAAUGCUGGACGCCUUGCUAAGUUUUUUCACAAUUGUCCGGAAAAUGCAUUCCAGGUUGCCCUGCCUGGGACAACAUUUUCAUUGCUGCAUAGACUUGGUGCAAUAGUGCGGAAUGGGACCAAGCUCUUUGCAGUUGGCACAACAUCUUCUCUGGUUGGCACAGUUGUGACAAACGCACUCAUAAAUGCACGAAAGGCUGUUGAUAAGUCCUCUGCAGAGGAGGUGGAGAAUGUACCUGUAUUAUCAACCAGUGUUGCCUAUGGUGUCUAUAUGGCAGUAUCUAGCAAUCUUCGGUAUCAAGUGCUGGCUGGUGUGAUUGAACAGCGGCUUUUAGAGCCAAUGCUACACCAACACAAAUUAAUUCUGAGCGCACUUUGCUUCGCUGUCCGGACAGGCAACACAUUCUUGGGUUCAUUACUGUGGGUGGAUUAUGCGCGCUGGAUAGGAAUUCAAAAGGCAGAAGAAGUUGAGACACACAAGGUGCAAGGUUAGUGUGAAGUUCCAUGAAAGUUGGAGCGAUCGAGCAGAUUGAUUAGUUGACAUUACAUAAAAAUUAAAGUAGGUUAGUUAGGGGGCAUUUCAUUUCAUUUGUUGCCAUUCAUCGAUCAAGACGACGUACUGGGGGGAAACUUUUGCUUUUUAUUUAUACUUGAUGGAUUUUCUUUUGAGCCAUUUGUGAUAUAUGCAGUAUAUGAAGAAGACAGAUUUGUGAAUUUCAAUUUAUUAA